GCAACUUAUCUCUUUUGUCAUCUAGGGAAUAAUGACUUUUUGGUGUUCUACCUUCACAUUGCUGAAGAAGGUUAUAAAGGAGGUCGAGAGGUUAUGCAUUGCAUUUUUAUGGCAAGGCUCAAUUGAGUUUGCAAGAGGGGCUAAAGUGAAUUUGCUGUUGUUAUGUCACCCUAAGCAAGAGGGUGGUUUGGGAUUGAGGAAGUUUGAUGCAUUGGAAUGUCGCUCACCUCAAUUGCUGGACGUUCAAAUUGCUUUAUGUGACAGACUAUAUCCUAAGGAAGGGGACAAGGAUACUGUUAUAUGGAUCCCUUCAGCUUCAAGGACAUACACAACAGGGAGAACAUGGCAUUGGAUCAGGAGCAAGCAGUCCAAGUCUAUCAUGUUUGGAUGGAAAGGAACAAGAGAAUCCACCAACAUGUCUACAAGACAGCAGAUGUAGUUAGGGUUUUACAAUUUUUAUUUAUUGGAUUCGAACAAGACGGAGAAGUACGAGUUGGUGAAGGACAUAGGAUCGGGGAAUUUUGGGGUGGCGAGGCUGAUGCGAAACAAAGAAACCGAAGAUCUCGUCGCCAUGAAGUACAUUGAGCGCGGCCACAAAGCCAUUGUGAUGGAGUAUGCUGCUGGAGGCGAGCUAUUUCAGCGAAUUUGUAAUGCUGGGAGAUUCAGUGAAGAUGAGGCAAGAUAUUUUUUCCAGCAGCUUAUUUCAGGCGUUAGCUACUGUCACACUAUGCAAAUAUGCCAUAGAGAUUUGAAGUUAGAGAAUACCCUCUUGGAUGGAAGCCCAGCCCCACGUCUGAAAAUAUGUGAUUUUGGAUAUUCAAAGUCAUCUCUACUGCAUUCAAGACCCAAGUCAAGAGUUGGAACUCCAGCCUACAUUGCACCUGAGUUUCUUUCUAGGAGAGAAUAUGAUGGCAAGUUGGCAGAUGUAUGGUCACGUGGAGUGACUCUUUUUGUAAUGUUGGUGGGAGCAUAUCCAUUUGAAGACCAAGAGGACCCAAAGAAUUUCAGGAAAACUAUUAAUAGAAUAUUGGCUGUUCAGUACAAAAUCCCAGACUAUGUUCACAUAUCUCAAGAUUGCAGACAUCUCCUUUCACGCAUAUUUGUAGCCAAUCCUGCGAGGAGAAUCACCAUCAAAGAAAUCAAGAACCAUCCAUGCUUUUUGAAGAACUUGCCAAGAGAACUGACUGAGGCAGCUCAAGCUAUUUAUUAUGGGAAAAACAACCCAACUUUUUCUGUCCAAAGCAAUGAAGACAUCUUGAAAAUAGUUGAAGAGGCCAAAGUUGUUGCUCCAGUAUCUCACUCUAUCAGAGGCUUUGGCUCGGGAGGAGAAGAAGAUGGAGAUGCCAAGGAAGAAGAGGUAGAGGAGGAAGAAGAUGAGUUUGAGAAGAGAGUUAAGGAGGAUCAUGCUAGUGGAGAAAUUAAUCUCACUUGAUUAAUACAUUAUUGAUUCUUUCCAAAUAAUUAAGAUAUGGAGUUUGUUUCAGUGCUUGUAUAAAGUCAGUUUCUAUCCAGGCCGUUGUGAGUAUUUGUAAAUUUGUAGUAUAUUGGCAUAGGGAAAUUUUAGCGCAGUGCUAAUUGUCUUGGAACUAUUAUGAUUCCAAACAACCUAUGAAGGUCAAGUUGAUGGUUUUCUUUUCGUGAGUUAGGAGUAGAUAAUGUAUUAAGGGUUUCUUAUUGUUUAGAGAACUAGAAAGAUGACUCCUUUAAUGGCAAUUCCAAUACUGUUUUUUUGGGGAGGUUUGAAUGGUUUUAUAAAAACAGAGCUAUUGA